CGGACAGGCGACUGACGGACAUGACAUAGUUUUUCGCCAUGUACAAGCCACGAAGUAAAAUCACUAUUCCUUGAUAUGGGAAUUCGAUAAUAUUACCUAACCGAAAACGCUGUACGUAUUGUAUCUCUACUUUCGCACUCGGAUGAUGUAUAGUGAAAAUCUAUUUCAGGCGACGUGGUCUGAUAUUUAGCAUGGCCGUUCCCUCUCUAAAAUAAAACAAAUUGGCACCGGGUGCAGCGUUCUAGAAGAAAACAGAUUCUAAUAAUGUUCGAUCGCUCUGUCGUUUUUUCAAGUACACUCUGAUAGCGCUAAGUGCUCUUAGAGGGCUGCCAGAUAAUAUCCGAUAAAGGGGAAGUGUUAAUUUUAAGAAGAACGAAAAGAAUUACGAUGCUUCAAACAGUGCCGUGCUUCGUAUGCUCAAAGAAACAGAAAAUGAACCAAAGACUCCUACAGAAGAACCAGACUCCGGGAUAAUCACGACCCCGAAUAGUGGCAUCGCUGGACUGAGGCAUGUGCAUGCUCCCAUAACGAAGCCGGCUCCUCCCAGCCCUCAAUUGCCACCAGGGCAGAACAUUUGUGAUGACUGCGAAAGGCUGAUUGUUGGCGUCUUUGUCAGGAUAAAGGACAAGAAUUUACACGUAGAGUGUUUCAAGUGUUCCACCUGUGGUACUUCACUGAAGAACGUCGGAUACUACAAUAUCAACAAUAAAUUAUAUUGUGACAUCCACGCAAAAUCAGCAGCACUUAGGAGCAACGCCAAUCCAAAUUUGGUACCAGUUACAGUACCACCAGGCGGUAAGGCUCCUGCUCACGCGAUAUCCUCAGCUCUAUCUUCACAUUCACUACCGACUCCUUCAGCGUUAUCACCAAAGUUGAACAACAGCUUUGCCUCACCAUACCAGACAUCGAACUUGUCAGGGCCUAGACCAUUCUCAAGUGUGAGUGCACCGCUGUCACCGCACAACACAUUACCCAGGUCAACGGGCCCCAUUUCUCCGGUAGCACAAGUGCCUCCGCCUUCCUACAACACGCCCAUCCACAACACGCCUUCUUACAGCCCGGUAUCUUCAACUGAUCGGUCCUUUAAUACCAAACCACGCCCAUUUUCCCUUGUUGUAGAGUAAACUAUUAAGGCAUUUAGUUGAAUGGCUAACCGCUUACAUUAUUUUCAACACACAACACAUCACAUAUCAGCAUUCUGCCUCAACUAAUACCAACAUAUUUUAUUGAUAUCAGGAGUAGCUAAGGAUAUUGGAUAAGAUAUUACACAACAAUUACAAAAAAAUCUGGUAUUGACUAAAGCGUGCAGUACUAGAGUGUCAUGUUGAGAAAAGUGCUUCUUAUCCCUAAACAAAUGGCGUUGCUUUGAAUUCCUGUAUGUAGAGUGCUGUCAUCAGGAAAGCUGUGGAUUGGAUUGAUCGUGUAGGUAAGGAUACGUUGAUAUGUAUCCCUGGGGAACACCCGCAUUGACGUUGUAGGAUGAAGAGGAGAAGCCGUCAUUUACGACGAUUCCAUUAAAUACAAUUGUAAUUUAUUUUAAGAGUCCUAAUUACGUGUGUUAAACAAAAAGUAAAGCCAUUGAGUCUGAGUUAAAGGAGAAGAAAUAUCUUUCUCACCAUUGCAUUGUUAUGAGAUUCUCAUCCAUGGGAGCUGGAUAUCAAUACUGUUAAAAAAAAUUGUUUGCAUGCAUUGUGCAGAUCGAACUUAGAUGCAGUAAAAAGUCUCACAUGUUGGCAAUAGCAGGUUUCUCAAACUUAUUUUUGACGGUGAUUUGUACAUAUACAUAAACAGGGUGGCCCAUCCAUGCGUGGACGGAAUAUUACUCAUAAACAAAUACAUCUUGAGAAAAUCUAUUUAUGGCAUGUUAUACACGACAUUUGAGGGCACAUUUCUAAAAUAUUGGCAAUUUUACAGGGUCUCCUAUUUUUGACCUACGUAUCAAAGUUGUGAUUUUUUAAAUGGAAUGCCUCAAAUUUUAUUGCAUAUUUGGAUAAACCAAUUCAAAAGAAGAAGAUUGAUAUAUCAUCCUAUGGGGUUUUGGUAAUUAGCUACUGAGAUGUAAGGAGUUUUGUCCAGAAAAACCGUCCACUUUGGCAACCCCUGAAUCCGCAAUUUUGAAAUUUGGAGUGCUGAAUUUUGUAUCAAGGAAAAACUUACACACCUCAGCUUUUAUCUUAUUUGUUACUUUUUCGAAUUUUCGUUUUUGCUCAUACAGGGUGGUCAAAAACGCGAAACUUGCACAAAUAUACAAGGUGAUGCAUUUGAGAUUUUUGAUAAAAAGUACAAUUUGCCUUUUUGAGCAACCUGUAUGAGCAAAAACUAAAAUUCUAGAAAGUAACAGAUAAUAUAAAAGCUGAGGUGUGUAAGUUUUUUUUUGAUAAAAAAUUCAGCACUCCAAAUUUCAAAAUAGCGGACUGAAGGGCUGCCAAAGUGGGGGGUUUUUCUAGAUAAAACACCUUAUAUCUCAGUAGCUAAUUACCAAAACCCCGUAGUAUGUUAUAUCAAUGUUCUUCUUUCGAAUUGGUUUAUACAAAUAUGCAAUAAAAUUUGAGGCAUUCCAUUUGAAAAAUCACAGCUUUGGUAUGUAGGUCGAAAUUGGGACACCCUGUAUAAUUGCCAAUAUUUUAUAAAUGUGCCCUCAGAAGUCAUGUGUAACACACCAUAAAUAGAUUUUUCCAAAAUAUAUUUUUUAUGACAAAUAUUCCGUCCACACGUGCAUGGGCCACCCUGUAUAUUUGAAUGUAUAUGCAUUAAAGAUUGUUUCAGUGUAAGCUUUACUGUACGUAUAUACGACAUUUUUCAAGCACGCAACCAAAGCACUCAAAAUCUUCAUUUUUAAUCCAAUAUCCUACCUACUUCACCACGCAAGACCAUUUUUUUCUAGCAUCAACCGAAUAGCAAGGUUAUACUAUUUUAUAAUAUUUUUAGGUACCGCUUACUAACGCCGAUUUUUUCUUUUUUUCUCGCCUGGUUCCUCGUGAACCUUCCCACCGUUCCUUGUUUGUUUUUCUUUUUCUUUCUAACCCCUUGUGAUUGUGUUUGUGCUUUCGUGUGAUCAAAGAGCGUAGCGCUCCUAGUAUUAUCUGGCCCCCACCCCUGGAGGAACCCGAUAUCCCUACUGCCUGUCCUCUAUUUUACCCCCCACCUUCGAAGGUCGAAAAUCAGAUACUGAAAAAGCGAUACGAGAACUACGAAUCGGAGAGCAUCAUCAGCGAGUUGGACUGCCUGGAAGUGGAGAAGAUAAACGCAAUGGCGGAAUUCCUAAAUCCUUCGCUGGAUAUAAUCAUGGAGCGCAAGAGUGCUACCGAAGUCGUGGAAACCCUCACUGAAACGUUGGAAACUCAAAAACUUGUUGAAAAGAUUGUGCAAAGUAGACCUGAGUAUAUGCCACCAACCAUGGAGCUUCCAAAACCUCCUGCCACUAAAGAAGGAGUCAAAGAGCAAUGUUGUCCAUUAUCAUUGCCAGAUAGCAUAUGCUGCCGAAAAAAAGAUAGUUAUGACUUGAAACGACCAACUCAUUUUAGUCCCAAUACUGUUGAGUGUGAAUUGAAAAGCAGAUUAGACAAUCCAGUUCCUCAAAAGUGGGAGUCUCCGCUAACCCAAGCUUUCAGAACAAUGUCACCGGAUCGUGACACAUUUGCUCAGAUCCCAUCAAAGCAUUCUUUUACACCUCUAGCAUCAGCUCUUACUAUUGCGCCUUCGCAACCUUUCACCCCAAGUAUGACUCACGAUGAACCUGUACCUCUGCCUGAAGAAACUGUUCCUUACUUCCCACCAGAGCGACCUGUGAUUCCUGCAAAAGAGGAAGAACCUCAACCAUCAAAGGAAAAAGAGGUUGUAAUAGAAUGCAGACCUAGUUGUAAACGCGAAAAAUCUAUAAGUAAAUUUGUAAAGGCUCUUGAGUCAGCUCCUGACAAACCACAACCUUUAGGUGGAGUAGCUGUCCUCCCUAAACUAAGAACGCAACAAUCUGAGAAGCAGAAGCCUCCGGCCGAGAAGCCUGUGGAAAAACCGCCGGAGAAGCCAAAAUGUAGUUUCAAGAAAAAGAAUGAUCCUAUGGCAAAGUACUUUGAAGAUUUACCAACACCUCAAGAAAAGCUGUCCUUAUCUGCUGCCUUGACCAUCGCAUCUGACCGACCGUACUCGCCCCUAAUUGUUGAAAGCGUUGGUGUGGAGCUACAUCAAAACAUAGGACUCGCUGCUGAAGGUUCACAAAAAGAGGUCAAGAAAGAAAAACAACAGAUUGAUCGAUCUUUACUAACAAAACCGCUCAAACCUCAUUUACCUGAAGCAUUCAAAAGCAAUAUGAAGGAUCCCAAGCCGCCUGGAUACUAUCACCCAUCCGCACUACAAGCCAUGAUUGAUGAAGGUGAAAAGCAAGUUGGUAAUGGCACUUCUGAUCAUUCUGGAAAUCCCGGCAAUCCCGAAAACCCAAGUAAUGUUCCGAAUCCAGGAAACCAAGACAACUCCGUUUCUGUCUCAUAUAGUAGAGCUGAGGAAUGUCGGAUGGAAGAACAUACAGAAGCUACUGACACAAGCCAAACAACAAAAGUUGAAAGACAGAUGAUCCAAAAUCCGCACUUCACUGAAAUAAUCACAGAAGAACAAAGAUCGCUAUCGCCGAGUAUGGCUCCAAUGUUCAGUGGAUUUACUUGCUCCUUCCAAAACAAAGGCGAGCACUCUCAUUUCUCUGUGGAAGUAUCUACUACGCCUACGAUGUUGACCCAAGUUCCAUCUGCUUCGUCAGUCAUCCGAACAAUCGAAAGUCAACCUGGUUAUAUCGAAACCCAGACUGUUACCGAAGAGCGACAUGAAAAACAGCAAUCCAGCAAAAAGCUUGAAGAAGCAAAGGAGGAAGUUAAGGCUGAGGUGAUCGUGAAGCAAGCUGAGGAAGUGAUUUUGAAGAAAGCUGAACCUCCUGUGAAGCUACACAGCCGCGAGACAGUACCUGCUUACCAAAUACAUCUCCAGGAAGAGGUUGAGGCUGAUUUGCAAUUCAUGGAGAAGAUUGAGAAAGCUGAGAAACGGUUGGAACAGCGCAAGCAACAAGAGAUGAGUCAACGAGGUACUCAGCAAGUUAUCAAAAAGCCCGUCAUUACCGUUCAACCGGAGGAUGCACCUAGGCACGAACACAGAUCAUUUAAACCUGUGGUUGAGGACAAACCACCUGGUCAAACGUUUUCACCAAGACCUACGUCUUGCAGCCCAAGUAGGGUGAACAAGCCUGCACCUAUCUUGCCUUACUAUCAAGCAAACUUGGUACCUCAGCACAUGCCUGCAGCGUCAAGCAACUUGUUGGAUCCUACCAGUCCUGCUGUAUCUAGAUCGCCCAGUCCAUGUCCUGGUAAAAGUCCGGCACCAGGAGCAGGAGGUAGAGAUGCGAGCCGCAGUCCAUCUCCCUUUCCAGGUGGUGGAAAAGCUGGAAGUAAUAUCAGACCAGUAUCUCCAGCUCAAGGACCGCCAGAGAACCCACUGAAAUCGAAAGAACCAUUACCAGUUCCAGAAGACGCCAAGAAGUAUCACGCAAGAGAAAGCUUAGCCUCUUUCAUUCCUGAAUAUAAGAGCAGAAGAGAUGUCAUCGAGAGCACUCAAGGUAUGGACUUUUACAGGAAACCCGAAGAAAGUGAUUAUCCGCCGCAAAUGUAUACAUCCACCGUCCAAACGCAGAAUUUUCCUGUUAUGCAAGAAAGCUUCAAACAUGAACAAAUGACGUCAGAGAAACAAGCUUCUACCGCUCAACAGCAAAUGUACGAAAAGAAAAUGAUGGAUCUGCAGGAAGCACAGCGGGCUCAGAGAUAUGUAGCAGAGACUUCUCAAGGUACUGUUGCGACAUCUGUCGACGAACAGCGCAAACAAGCGCACAUGGAGGAAGUUAGAAAAUCACAGAGUGAAAGUGUAGAGAGAACGCCAGACGGAGCUCAGAUACAGAGAAGAAGAGUUGUGACGGAGGAAUUUGAGCACACACAGAAAGAAACAAAUAUACAAAUUGAGAAACACGUCACAAGAAGUGGGUUCCAAAAAGUAAACGUGCCAGACAUUGAGUAUCCGUCAAGUGUUGGGGGGAUGCAUUACACUGAUCCACAUCCGAUGAGCGGAGGGAGACAGCAAUCACAGUCUACGCAAUCGUGUUCCCAAAAGUCAUGUUCAGGCGCGUCAGCAUCCUGCCAACAAGGAGGCACAUGUCAAUCAUUCGGCGGUACGUACCAAGGAACGUGUACACCAGGUUCCGCUUACCAAGGCGUCUGUCAAACAACUGGUUCCGCCUACCAAGGAUCAAGCAUCGCCUCUCAAGGCGCGUGUCGAUUCGGCUCCUCCCAGUCUCACGUCGCCGCCCAGACCACGAUCCAACCCACAGCGAAUAUCCCCGUCCCCGAGCCUUCCCCGGAGCCAGCUCUCCCUUCAGCGAUCAAAAAACCCUCGCCGCCGCGUUCCUCCUUCAAACCCCCUAAAUCAGCCCCUGGUGUUGUCUCAUCCCGCGCCGAUUCAGGUGCUGGUACCGGCAGGCAAGCGGGCGGAGUCAGCGUCGCUCCAAGGCGUGGCAGAGGAGUUCUGAAUGCCGCUGCAUUGGCAGGCGCUAGGAUUCCGUUGUGUGGCUCGUGCAACAUGCAGAUCAGAGGUCCAUUCAUAACGGCACUAGGAAAAAUCUGGUGUCCGAAUCACUUCAUCUGCGCUACACCAUCGUGUAGAAGACCUUUGCAAGAUCUUGGUUUUGUAGAAGAAAAAGGACAACUCUACUGUGAAUUCUGCUUUGAAAAGUAUCUGGCACCGAGUUGUGCAAAGUGCGGUUCCAAAAUCAAAACCGAUUGCUUGAAAGCUAUUGGCAAGAAUUUCCAUCCAGAAUGCUUCAACUGUGUCUACUGUGGAAAGCUCUUCGGCAACUCGUCAUUCUUCAUUGAAGACGGCAGCCCAUAUUGUGAAGCUGAUUGGAAUGAGCUUUUCACAACAAAGUGCUUCGCAUGCGGAUUUCCAGUUGAAGCAGGCGAUCGUUGGGUAGAGGCUCUAAACAAUAACUACCACAGCCAGUGUUUCAACUGUACGAUGUGCAAGAAGAAUCUGGAAGGACAAAGCUUCUUCGCCAAGGGAGGUCGCCCGUUCUGCAAGAACCACGCUCGCUAAACAGCUCAAACGUCAUUUACUAAUGUUACCAAAACUUCGCUUUAAAAUAUUAAUUUAUUAAUACGUACACCAUGUAAAGUGUUAAGUCAAUUUUAUUAAUUUCUAUCUUAUAUCUCCACCAACUAAAUAACAUUGUAUUCCUAUAUUUUAUUUAUUUAUUUUUAGUGCCCUUGGCUCAAUGAGGAUGGAGGAGAAUUUUUCAAUUCCAUUUCUAUCGUAGCCAUUAUAUUACUUUCUGGAAUAUUGAAACAUUUGCAUCUACUUCAGUACCAGCGAGCCCCCAUUGGCCAGCUGGCCGUAAAUGCCUGGGGGUGGCAGCGACAAGCGGCAGAGUGAUGCGAAAUAAGUGAUGUUUAAAUAGAUUAUAAUUUCAUCAUCUUAGCGGAAUUGGAAAGAUCUUUGAUAUUUAUGUAUUUAUUAUACUAUUUUAAUUAUGCACAGUUCCAUGAUGGAGUGACUAAAAGAAGGUACUCGAUAAUAAUUUACACUUGAAUUAACGUGUUUGGUACUAUGGAAGAAUUACAUGAUCAAACGAACUUACCUGUAAGUGAUGUUCGAUCUUAAUUAUGUGAAGACCUCCUAGCUCCCUCUCUCCCUAUGUUCCACCCAAUUGUUGCAACAACUUGGCUUUGAAGAAAAUUUCGCUACAUGCAUGCUUUGAACUCGUGUAUUCGGUGAGCUACGAGGGUACCACGUUAUGUAUUCUAAACAUUUACUUCGACGAGGACGGAACAUAAUAACAUUCGUAUAUAAAUAAAUUGCUGAUGAGAAAAUAUUUGAUACAACCUUGUAACAAUUACUAGAGCAUAUAUAUCAAGAUGAUAAGAAUCAAUGGAUAUUUUCUUCUGCUUAUAGUUACUUCAUGAUGGAACUUAAUUCACUCUUAGAUUAUAGCCAUGCGCAUUGUAAAUUUUGUUUAUAGAUUUUAGAUUGUGUCAUCAUAUGUUCUAUGCAAAAUUUUAUCGGAAUUUGUAGAUACAUAUCUAGGUCAAUUAUUUUCGUUGGCGUUUCUUUAGUCAUCGUACGAAUUUGUUUGUGAUUUGUGCCAUUAAAAUAAAAAUUUUAUGUAGAUUUUAGAAGGACUGUUUAUCUAGCACAGUGUAAAAAUAAAUAUUUUGGUGCUAAAA